GCUUCCGGGUCAGAAGAGGCCAGCCACCGACAUGGGGAAGAUGGCGGCAGCCGUGGGUUCUGUAGCGACGCUGGCGGCAGAGCCAGGGGAGGACGCCUUUCGGAAGCUUUUCCGCUUCUACCGGCAGAGUCGCCCUGGGACCGCAGACCUGGGAGCGGUCAUUGACUUCUCGGCACCCCGCGGCACGGGGCCUGAUGCCCGCAAGGUGGUUAGAUCUCAGCUGAGUGUGUCUUCUGUCAGUGACCACGAUGCACAUAGAGCAGGACUUCAGCCAGUCAGCAAGUGGCAAGCUUAUGGACUCCAAGGCUAUCCUGGAUUUAUUUUUAUCCCAAACCCCUUCCUCCCAGGUUACCAGUGGCACUGGGUGAAGCAGUGCCUUAAGUUAUAUUCCCAGAAACCAAAUGUGUGUAACCUGGACAAGCACAUGACCCAGGAAGAGACUCAGGACCUGUGGGAACAGAGCAAAGAGUUUCUGAGGAACAAAGAAGUGAAUAAAGGGAGACCCCGAAGCUUACUAGAGAAGUUGCGCUGGGUGACCCUGGGCUACCAUUACAACUGGGACAGUAAGAAAUACUCAGCCGAUCAUUCUACACCUUUCCCUUCUGACCUGGCUUUCCUCUCAGAGCAAGUAGCCGCAGCCUGUGGGUUUCGGGGUUUCCGAGCCGAGGCAGGUAUCCUGAAUUACUACAGAUUGGACUCCACACUGGGAAUCCACGUAGAUAGAUCUGAACUAGAUCACUCCAAACCCCUGCUGUCUUUCAGCUUCGGACAGUCUGCCAUCUUUCUCCUGGGUGGCCUCAAAAGAGAUGAGGCGCCCACAGCCAUGUUCAUGCACAGCGGUGACAUCAUGGUAAUGUCAGGUUCCAGCCGCCUGUUGAACCAUGCGGUCCCAAGGGUCCUUCCAAGUCCUCAGGGGGAGAGCCUGCCGUGCUGCCUAGAGACGCCUCUGCCCACCGUCCUCCCCAGAGACUCUGUGGUGGAGCCCUGCUCCGAGGAGGACUGGCAGGUGUGCACCAGCUACUUGAAGACCGCUCGUGUGAACAUGACUGUCCGACAGGUACUGGCCACAGACCAGGACUUCCCUGUGGAACCCAUGGAGGAGAAGAAGAGAGACAUCACCACAGAAGGUUUCUGCCACCUGGAUGACGAGAAUUGCCAAGUAAAACGAGUGAAAUUAAACCCUAACAGCUGAGACUUGGGGAGCCCAUUCUUUUCGUCAGGCAGGUCUCACAGUAGAUGACCAUGCUUUCUUGUAUUGCCAUAGACUUUAGCAUCAAGACAAGCCAAAAACAGAGACAGGGAAAAACUCAUCAUGGAUCACAGUGUUGCCUUGGAACCCAUCCUGAAGAGUAAAGCAGCUAGCCACUUUGCUCAGAGAUGUGUUGGACAUGGUCCAGUCUGGUUAGAUGUUGGCUCUGUUGUAUGUGAGAAAUCCAAGCAGCAGCCAGAACAGCAUUCCCAGCCUCUGCCGUUACCUCUGAGAGAGGCAGAAGUGAGUUGCCAUGUUACUGGAGCCUUAAAUACCUCAGAUUUUAUUAAUGGGAAACCUGACACCCUUCCUGCUACCCCAUCUAAUGAUUUGUGGUAAAAUCAUGGUCCCAAGAACCAGUCAUUAGUCUCAUCCUCAUUCUUCCAGCCAUCCAGUGAUCUUUUCUUCCGUCUUCUCUGGCCUUCACAGAAAAAUCCUAUACACAUUAAGACAAUGGAACUAGAAACCUCAUCUCCUAGGAAAGAAAUUAAUCACAGCUCUUUCUUACCUAAAAGAUAAAAUAUAUAUAAAGCCGCAGGAAGAGGAGCAGUAGUUUCUCCAGAUUUCCUUUAGGUCUAAACUCUUCGUGUUGGCUUUUUAAUGCAGCUUUAAUUGUUGGACUAAAAAAGCCCCAAGGGUGUUCUGUAACUGUUUUCUCCAUGAAUAAAACUCUCUUUUAAAUUAAA